AUGCGCUUGCGGCGCUUGUGCGUCAAAAUGGUGGCGGAGCUUUAAAUGAUUUUGACUGUGUGUGUUGUGUAAAAGUUUCAACGUUGUUUUCGUUUGUGAUACAAGAUCCGAAGAAAACAUGACAUCGCUUCCGAGGCCUGAGGACCACAGGAGGAAAUGGGACAGGGAUGAAUAUGAAAGGAUCGCCGAAGAACGGCUGAGACAGGAAGAUGAAGAGGAAGACCUCUUCCCUGAGAAACCUGCCCCAGUAAAGAGAGAUUUACUGAAACCUCGAGACUACAAGGUUGAUCUUGACUCAAAGUUAGGAAAGACCUCUGUCAUCACCAAAACCACCCCGGCAUCGCAGGCUGGCGGGUAUUACUGCAAUGUCUGUGACUGUGUUGUUAAAGAUUCCAUCAACUUCUUGGACCACAUCAAUGGAAAGAAGCAUCAAAGAAAUCUUGGUAUGUCCAUGCGGGUGGAGAGGUCGAGCCUGGAUCAAGUCAAAAAACGCUUCGAAGCAAACAAGAAAAAACUGGAAGAGAAGAAGAAAGACUACGACUUUGAACAGCGGAUGCAGGAGCUGAGGGAGGAGGAAGAGAAACUGAAGGAGUACCGUAGGGAAAAACGGAAAGAACGCAAGCGGAAAAGUCAGGAACCGCUGGAAGACAAUGAGGUUGAUCAAGAUAUGGCUGCCAUGAUGGGGUUUUCUGGCUUCGGUUCAUCAAAGAAAUAAUAUACACAUACGUUUUGUGCACAUUUGCUUCUGAUGAGUGUGGCUUAUGAGUGUGAACAGUGCAACUUUUUAUUGUGGUGUUGUAUAUACAGUAUGCAUCUAUUUAGCAUUAUGUUCCACAGUCGCAAACAAAUCUGUGUGCACUUCUCGCCACCGUUCCUUCGGAAUAAACUAAGCCAGAAAAUUACACACUCACUUUA